GGCAAGGCAACUCCGACGUCGAGGAUCGAAUCCACAACACCGGCACGCACCGUAUUUCUUGGUAGCGAUUCUCGGAGCGAGCACUGCCUUGUGAAACCAUUGAUGAAAAAAACACAACAAACCAGCAGCACAGACCCGUAGCACAUGCCCGUCGCACCCCGGGAGAAAGAACGCACCCGCCAUGAACCCCGGCGAUGCCGCUUCCGCGGUCAACUCGGCAUCGACCCCGGCCACCGGCAAUGAAGGAGAAGGGAGCACGGACUACAACACCUACGAAGACGACCACAAGCCCCUCCCCCUGUCGGAUUUUGCGGCGUACCGGAGCCUCGUGGCCACCCUGUACCGGACGUCGGUCCCGGUGAUCCUCGGGAACUCCCUGGAGUGGCUGGACUUUGGGAUCUAUGGGUACAGCAGCACCGAGAUCUCCGGCCAGCUGUUUGGRGGAUCGAGGCGGGCCUACUGGGCGUCCUUCGGGCUAGGCUUUGCUUCCCGGCCGGUGGGGGCCCUGGUCCUGGGCAAGCUCGCGGACGAGACCUCGCGGAAGCUCUCCUUUGCCGGGAGCGUCCUGGCCAUGUCGGGAUCGACCGCGCUUAUGGCGGCGAUCCCGGCCGUCUGCGGCGCAACCGGACCGCCUUCUUCCUCUKCUUCGUGGUAUUGCGUGUCGAACCCACUGGCCGCUUCGGUCCCGGCGGUGGUCCUCCGGUGCGUACAGGGGUUUUCCGCGGGGGCCGCCGCCGGCAAUGCGAACGUCCUCCAGUCGGAGCUGUGGUCCACGACCGACCGGAAAGGGGCCAUCGCGCAGGCGGUGGGGGUCCAGAACGCCAGCGGGGGGACCGCUUCGGUCCUCGCUGCCGGUCUCGUCUACGGCCUGAGGGCGGCGGUGGGGGAGGACGCCUACGCGGUGUGGGGCUGGAGGCUCGCCAUGGUGGCGGUCCUCCCCCUUGGCCUGGCGGCGGGCUUUCUGGUGGCCCACGGCCGGGUUCCCGAGUCCGAUGCCUACGCGGAAUCGGACGGGGGGCGCACCAUGGGGGAAGGCGGCGCCCUGCUGCUCCGACGUGGCGGGGGAGGCGAGGACGACGACGACGACGACGACGCGAGACCGACGAUCGAGCUCUCGGAGAGUCGGGGUGGCGGAAGCGGAAGCAGCGAACAGAAGGUUUUGGGGGAAGACACCCCCUUUCAUUUCACCGGUGGAGGGGCGCGAAAGGAUCCACCGCCGCGGAGACCCCCAUCCGGGGAAGCCGGGUUGCUGGUUGCCACCCACGCCACCCCGUGGUGGCUGCUGGUCUCGGUCCUGGUGGUGGCGCAGUCCGCGAUUGCGGGCUUCAACAAUCUCGGGGUCUUCCUGGUCGAGUUUGCCCAGACCGACUUUGGGGCCACCGCCGGAAYGGCCACCCUGAUGCAGGUGGCGGGAAAGACCGUCCAGGUCCUUUCGACACCCCUCGCCGCGGGCCUGGCCGACACCAGGGGCUGCUUCUGGACCUGCGCCCUCGGCGGGACCCUCUGCACCUUCCUGGCCCUGCCGCUGAUGGUGGCUGGGAGGCUCGGGGGGAUCGCCGGGGCGUGGGUCCUGGUGGCGGGCUGCCUCCCGGUCGUCUCGACUCUGUGGAUCGGGAACGCCCCCCUCCUGGCAACCUCCCUCUUUCCCACCAGCUGCCGGAGCCGCGGAACGGGCCUGGUCCUCGCCGCCGCGGCCGGGAUCCAGGGAUUUCUGCCCCUCGCUUUAGAGCGGAUCGGGAAUCCCUACGCCCAGGGGGCGGCACUGACGGUCCUCGCCGCGGUGGGGACGCUCGGGAUCCUCUGGAUCCGCGGGGAGGCCGCGGCCGGGAGGGUCACCGUCUACCAGCGGCCGGAGCUCUGCUAGACCGAAACGAACGAAACAAAACAAAACGAAACAAAACAAAACGAAACCAGUCCGGGAAAGCACCGGCAUCGGCCCAUUGUUCCAAUAACAUGUAACUGAAAAA